AGAGAGAGAGAGAGAGAGAGAGAGCAUCAGGCACCACUAGAAUAUAGCCCUCCGCCGUCAUCACACUGUUUGGUCCAAGCGCCACAAGGAGACUGUAUUUUCCCCUGAAAUAAUGGACGGGACAAAGCCAGCAUUGGAUUCCAACGCUGAGGAGACUCAGGACGAAGGACAGGAGAGCAAAGGAUGCUUCGAGUGCUGCAUCAAGUGUCUGGGUGGGGUGCCCUAUGCCUCCCUGGUGGCCACUAUCCUCUGUUUCUCAGGUGUGGCGCUGUUCUGCGGCUGUGGACACGUGGCCCUCUCUGGCACCUUGACCAUGCUAGAAAACCACUUCUCCACCAACACCCCCGACCAUGCCACCCUCACAAUAGUCAUCCAAAUCUUUCAGUACAUCAUCUAUGGCAUUGCCUCCUUCUUUUUCGUCUACUCCAUCAUCCUACUGGCUGAGGGAUUCUACACCACCAGCGCUAUCAAGAAGGAGCUGCAGAGUGACUUCAAGACCACUGCCUGUGGACGCUGCAUCACUGCCUUUUUCAUGUUCUUGACCUACAUCCUCAUCCUGGCCUUCAUCGCCAUCUUCGGCUUCACUGCCAUUCCAGUCUUCCUCUUCUUCAACAUGUGGAACACCUGCGCUGCCAUGAAGUCUCCGGAUGCCAACAUUACCUCUCCUGACUCCAUCUGCGUGGAUGUCAGGCAGUAUGGUGUCAUUCCCUGGAACGCCACUCCAGGAAUAGCUUGUGGAACCACACUGGGGAACAUCUGUAAUACUAAUGAGUUCUACCUUUCCUACCAUCUCUACAUCGUGGCUUUUGCCGGUGCUGGAGCCACCGUCAUCGCAUUGAUGCACUACCUGAUGAUUCUGGCGGCCAACUGGGCCUAUCUGAAGAGUGCUGUCUCCACUCAUGAGUACCAGGACAUCAAGACUAAGGACGACCAGGAUCUGGAGGCUGAGGCGCGCUCCAAGGAUGGCCAGAACUCCUCCUCCUACUCAUAAGGACAGGAGAUUGUCUCCCACUUGUACCACUGCUCAAACCUCACUCCUCUCCCCACAUAGCACCCACCCACCCACCUAACACUUGGUUUAGAAAAACAGCUAGGUCAUGUUUGAUAGCCAUCUAGGCUCGUGGUUCUCCAUCCUCUUCCCUACCACAUUGCUGAUCCAGAGUUGUGAGCCUCUCCACCUGGUGGCUGGAAAGAGAAUUGAGAAUCCGGUGUAGCGACCAGUUCAGAGGAAGGCACAUGUUAGAGUGGUAGAUCUGGCCUGUCAAGGACAGGCAGAAAAAUGGUACAUCAUUUCAGAACUGUCCCUUCUUCUUCCUUCUUCAUCCUAACCACCGUGUUUUUGGGCGUCAGGGGCUCGAGAACAUGGCCCGGCUGUGAUGGCCUUGCGCCUUGAGCCAGCACAGCCUCGAAACACAGCCUAAAAUAAAGAGAAAAAGAAAAAAGAAAAAAAAACAUUUCCACUGUCAGCUUCAGCCACAGAGAAGCUGGGCAGAAACCAACCUUUAUCCAUUUUUUGGUGUUUUAUAUGCAUAUAUAUGAAUAUGAAUAUAUAGUGUGAAUGUGUAUGAAUGUUGUUGUUUUUUUAAUACUCUGAAACGUAUGACAGGUACUCAUUAUGAUCUCUUUCUUUAGGUUUAUUCCGAUCAAAAAGUUAUUUUUCCUCAUUUUGAUCUUUUUUCCCUCCAUCUUUAACUUUAAUUGCUAAAGCUUGAUCUAUGUGUUGCACUAUUAUAUUUUUAAACUAAAUGUUCCAAAAAAAAGCAACUUUAAACACCAGAGGACUCAAACUGGUGGUCUGUGCCCCCCCUGCAGUUCUUUAUGAGUGUGCAGCAGUGUUUGCACUCAGCUACUGUGUCCUGCUUACCACGCUGCUCCUGAAUGGGUCGCAACCCACUAAUCCUGCUACAGCCUGCAACCGUAGACAGCAUAGAUCACUGACUAACCUCAGUAAGUUUAACUAUCUUCAGCAGAGUGUUGAUAGUGAUGCUUUAAUUGUCCUAGGAAAAAAAAGACUGAUGGCAGCAUAUGUUAAUUUAGGCAACACCAAGAAGCAGCAGGUGGCGUUAUUUUCAUGUAUUGGAUAAGAUAAACAAUCUCAACAAGCGUCUGACACCUGGUUGUUUCAAAUAGAAAUUGGACAUAGCUAUAGGCCUGACCUAAAUUCCAGACUAACUCUCACAAGUUUAUCUUUCGUGGUUAGAGUUAAGACAGAAAUGCCUUCAAUUGAGGUGCUUUUUUUUACACACUCAAGCCAAGCAAGCUGUAUCACAGCCAAAUAGCUACCUGCCAGACAUUAGAGAUCUUCAGUGACAAAUCGAAUGAGAGGUUAGUAUAGACUUGUGUUAGGAAACACUAUAGAGGCUUGUCCCAGUACAUCAGUUUAGUCACAAGCUACUAUGUUUUACAUCUAAACUGUAAUAAGUGAGGUCGCUGAUGCAUUUUGUAUCUUACCUGGUAGAACGUCCAGUUUAUCAGUAUUUAACUUCUGCAUCUAAAAUCUUACAAGUCCCCACAGGCUGUAGGUUGUAGCCCAUUACAGAGGACAUCUCUGAUUAAAUGACUGCAUCUGUUCUGGAUAGUAGUGGUUUACUCCAGUGUGACCAGGACUACAGGGCAGUGGUGCCUUCACUGUCUUAGAAAAACCAGAUCACCUCACCGAUAGCUAAAUGCAUGUGUUGGUGUUGAUUCAAACAGAUGCUCUUAGCACACUCCUUUAAUCAAAUCACAAAUCACAAAGGUCCAGGCUGAGAGGUGACUGUAAAUAGUUCAUGUUUGAUGGACUCAGCAGCAGGAGCUGCAGUCCUGUGGUUUUGUGGGGGCCCCUGUGUAUUUCAGUUUCAGACCCCUGCACUAAAUUAUGUGGUAUCACUGGUUAUUGAGCAUCACAGGAUUUUUGGAAAAAAAAACAUCAUCAUGAGGGAUUAUUUCACAAUAGAUUGAUAAAAUGUUCCAGCUUGAGAUAUACAGUAUGUAACUCUUCUAAACACUAAAUACACAAAUAAAAAAAAUACUUUUUAAAAGAAUUCAAACCCUCAUAGACAUCAGGUUGUUUCUCACAGUAUGAUGUUAUUAACACAUUUGUACACUGCCCUGUGUGAAUUAGAAUUAGAAUUAGCUAAAAAUCCUUUUUUUUUUUGUGAAUGGAGUUCCAUAUGUAAAUAGCAAACCACUCAGAAAUUAACUGAAUACUACUAAAAAAAAAACAUUUACUACAAACACAUUUAUGUCAACGGCCCCUUUAAAAUUAGUGUUAAAUACAAAAGUUAUGAUCUUAACUGUUACAUCACAUUUUCAACAAAAGGUCCUGAGAAGGAAUCAGAGCGGUGAUGAAACAACAGAUUAACGUGCUUUGUGAAUUAUAGAUCAUUUUUAAUGUUUUUAGGGCAGCUGAGUUGUUCUUGUUAUUAUGUACUAGUAUAUAAUAUUAACAGUUAAUCAUUUUACUGCUUCUUUUUGCAAUCAAAUGACUGAAAAUGUCCCAUUUCUUUUCUUUUCCUCCACCUUUUCUCGUUUUAUUAGGAUGAUAACUAUUGUUGUUAUAUUUGAUGUCAUGCCUCUUAUACCAGAAACAGAUACUGUUUUGGAUGUUUACACUCUGAACAAGACAAGUCAGGAAUUUUCAUACAUUGAUUUUAUAAUCCAGCUUUGUUUAAUAACCAAAUGGUAUAUGUAAUAUUCUAUACAAAUCAUCACUGGUUAGUUUAAAGAGAAAAAAAACAAGACCUUUUUGAGCUUUGAUGAGAUGAAGCAUGUCAGUAUCGUCCAUGUGUGCAGCUGUUCAUUCUGUAGAAAAAAAGGACUAUAUUGCCAUGCGUGUUACGUUUGAUAAAUAUACGUGCUUUCGCCACCGAAGGUUUUGAUGUAAAAGGCGAACCUUGAUUUCCUCUAAGACGAUGCGUGUCAGGGUGUUGUCGUUUCUUCGUUACUUUGCAUGAAGGAGACAUGACUUUGUCUUUGCGGUGCUUUCAGGUGAUGUGUAGUCAAUUGUACUGACAACUAUGGUAGGCGGUGUUUCCCCUCAGAUCCCUUCCCUCCCUCUCCCUCUUUUUCUAAAGGAAACUCCAUUGUACUCAGAUGCAUUGUAAUCCCUGUAAGUGUUUCAUCAUUGUUUCAUUUUUUAAGUUGGAAGUAGUUCUAUGACUCCCACAUAGUGAUGAUUUUUGUAACCUUCUCUAGUAAAACUGAUAUUUUUUAUUAUCGU